AUGAGGAGGGAAAAAAUAUGUCUGUUUCUUUUCCUUUUCUUUCUUUUCCUCCUCCUUGUUUUUCGAUUUUUCAUAUUUGAAGGUUUCUCAUCGUAA